AUUUUACUACUUAAACGUUUGUUUGUGAAAUACGCAUAAUUUUUGGCAAUAAUUCUAGUUCCAAAAAAAAAAUAAAUAAUAAAAAACAAAUAAAAUGAGUGAACCAUCUACGCCAAACACACCUGGAAGUCAAGCGCUUGUGAAACUUAAGGAACGUGACAAGGGUUUGCAAGACUUCAAAGUUCCUCUGUCCGGAGCAGUGCGCAAAAAAACGAAACAAAAAAUACUCACAGAGGAAAUGUACAUCGAAGAGCUUUCUAAAAUUAUUCAACGGGAUUUCUUUCCACAUUUGGACAAAUUGCGUGCACAGAAUGACUACUUGGACGCGAUGGAGCGUAAAGACUAUGCACAAAUGGAAGCAAUACGGGCCAAAUACAGUGGUCGCAGACCAACCGACAGAAGCUCUAUGUCUCCAGCUACAUUUGAGACACCAGCAAGUGCGAAUGGAAUUGUGACACCGCGACAUGAUAGCAAUGAUGUUUCAGACACACCCAAAUCCACUCUAUCCAUUUCUUCUAAAACAUCAAGAAUAGACGUGGGAAUUAAGUCUAUAUCAGACAAACAUUCAUUGGAUUCAUUUUUACAGCAUUACACCAGCGAGGACAAUUAUAGUUUCCAAGAAAUCAUAGAUACUGCUGACGAGAAAUUGCGACAAAAGUUUGCCGUGCUUUAUAAUGAAGAAAAGUUGUCAGCCGAUAAAUUAGCACGCGCUUUAACUUUGCCAUCAAUUGAAAAACAGUUUGAAGAACCCGAUCCUUUAAGAAAGAUUGAAACUUGGUCAUACACAAAUAAAAACUCCAUUAUGUACAUCCCCGAUGGUGUAGAUCUUACCGAGAGAGAACGUGUGGAAGCUGCAAAAAGGCGCGAAAUAAUAAAGCACAAUGCUACACGCCUCAAUUCAAAUCCUUUUGCUGAAACAGCUAAUCAAAAGGCAAACAGCGAAUUAGUUAAAUCCCAAUCACAAGCGCUUAUGAAUAAAAUUGGCUUAGAUGGCAACGUCAUAACACCCGGAAACGAGAGUGAAGGUCCUCAAGUGCGUGGUUUCAGUCUAGUGAAAACGCCUUCGCCACGGCCAGGUGAAGCAUUUUCACCACUCAUGACUUGGGGUGAAAUUGAAGGUACACCCUUUCGGCUAGAUGGUUCUGACACACCAGUACGUCCAAAUGUGGGACCUGCUUUCACAAUUACUGAAAAUUCACGACGUGAAAAUAUUGCUUUGGCUUUGGCUGAAAAAGUUGGUGAAAAGAUGCGUGCGCAAAAGCAAAGGGCCGCUGAUACAGCACGUAAGAAUAUUAAUUCACCAUUCAUACGUUCAAAUAUGGAACGAUUGGCAUCAAUGUCACCGGCAGCAAGACGACUAGCCACUUCCAAAUUAGGUUUAAAUACAACGCCGCUUAUGCCCACACCACAACGUACACCAGGCAAAGUUAUGCACAGAGCCGCACCAAUGCCAAAAGCCCGUAAAACACCAUCAGGUAGCGCUGGCACCAACUCCGCGCCAAGCACGCCGAAACAGAUUAGUAGUGGCAAAUCAACAUUAACCGAUGAUUUGCUGAAAAUUCCUACAAAACGAUUGCGUGCCUCAGAUUUCUUUUAAACUGGUGCAAAGCAUAUUUGCGGAAAUGAAUGGAAAUUAUAUAAAUUAGUUUGCAAGUAAGCGUACAAAAGCGAAUGUGUGGUAACAUAGGACAAGUUUACUAAAACACUAAUAAGCAUAUUUAAGAAUAAAAAUAAUUGAUGAAAUAAGUAACGAUAGUUGACUAAAAUCCUUGAAACUAAAUUAUUAUAAAUAUAAUUGUUUUGAUAAAUAAAACAAAUUUAUAUUAAG